GAACAGUGCCUGAAGCAGGUCCACCAUGCCGUUAGUAACGAGGAACAUUGAGCCAAGGCACCUGUGCCGUCAGACGUUGCCUAGCGUUCCAAGCGAGCUGGAAUGCAUGACCAACAUCACCCUGGCAAAUGUCAUUCGACAGCUGGGCAGCCUGAGUAAAUUUGCAGAAGACAUAUUUGGAGAGUUGUUUACUCAAGCCAACACCUUUGCCUCUCGGAUGAGCGCUCUAGUCAAGAGAGUUGACCGCCUGCAAGUCAAAGUCACUCAGCUGGAUCCCAAAGAGGAAGAAGUCUCCCUGCAAGGCAUUAACACCAGGAAGGCCUUCAAAAGCUCCACUACUCAGGACCAGAAGCUCUUUGACAGAGAUUCUCUCCCAGUGCCUGUCCUUGAAACCUAUAGGACCUGCAAUACUCCUCCACCUCUCAACAUCCUCACACCUUACAGGGAUGAUGGCAAAGAGGCACUUAAAUUCUACACAGAUCCUUCAUAUUUCUUUGACCUUUGGAAAGAGAAAAUGCUUCAGGACACCAAGGAUAUUAUGAAAGAGAAGCGGAAACACAGGAAAGAGAAGAAGGAGAAUCCAAACCGAGGAAAUGUGAAUCCACGGAAAAUCAAAACCAGGAAAGAAGAGUGGGAGAAGCUGAAAAUGGGACAAGAAUUUGUGGAGUCAAAGGAUAAGCAUGGUCCUGCUGGCUACCCCAACAUGGUGUAUCAGAACGGCAGCAUCCGGUCCCUGGAGGUGAACUGCUACCCGCCACCACCACAGACUGACUCUAUUGUGCCACCACCUCCCUCGUUCCCAGAUGACAGCCUGCCUCCACCCCCGGUGGAAUUUAGCUAUCCUGUAGACAACCAAAGAGGUUCUGGUUCUGGAGGGACCAAAAGAUCCAGCCUGGUUAGCCCGAGUCACCCGCCACCGGCUCCUCCGAUCGGAUCCCCUGGCCCACCACCUCUGUCCUCUGGUGGUCUGGAUGGUCCCCCACCCCCUCCUCCCCCCUCAGAUACCUCUGCCUCCAAGCCCAAGUCAUCCCUGCCUGCGGUUAGCGAUGCCAGGAGUGAUCUGCUUUCAGCUAUUCGUCAAGGCUUCCAGCUCCGCAAGGUGGAGGAGCAGCGGGAGCAGGAGAAGCGGGACGUGGUGGGCAACGACGUGGCCACCAUCUUGUCGCGCCGCAUCGCGGUGGAGUACAGCGACUCCGAGGACGACUCCUCGGAAUUUGACGAGGACGAAUGGUCGGAUUAA